GUGCUCUGCUGAGCUGACUGUGCUGGCUCUGUCUGUCCUGCCCAGGCUGUCUGUUUGACCGGAGGCUCUGCUCCCCGCAGGAGGUGUGUGUGCAGGAUGGGCUCUUUGGGCAGUGCCAGGUGGGCUCCGUGCAGGACAGACCCUACUUCCAGGUCACGUCGCCCGUGCUGCAGCGCCUGCAGGAUGUCCUGCGGCACCUCAUGGCACAAGGGCUGUCGUGGCAGGACGGCAUCCCGCAGUACGUGAUCUCCCAGGAGAUGGGGCGUAUCCCCCGCCUCCGCCCCCCGCCCCCCCUGGGGGACAGGGAGGGCUGCUCCCUCCUGCCGCCCGGAGAGCGGAGCCGGCUGGGGGCCUCACGCGGCGGCGCUGAGGACGGGCUGUGGUGCCACCACCAGCUCCCCACGGAGAGCCCUGCACCCCGUGGACGCUGGCCUGCCGGCGGGCCCGCCACCGGGGCAGGCCACCCCCCCGCGCUGCUGCAGCGCUAUCUGGAGCACCUACUGCUGCCCCCGCCGCCCCAGCUCACCUAUGAGGAGGCCCUGCUGCAGCCCUACUCCUACCACAAGUUGCAGUUUGGCUACCAGGACGGCGCUCACCAGCUCCCAGGCACCUCAACGCGGCAGAGCCCCGACACCGCCGCGCUGCUGGGCCGGGUCCCUGCCCAGGCCCUGUUUGGGGCUGGCCCUGUGCCCUCCUACAGCGGACAGCCAGGGACGGACGGGGGGCAUCUCUUCCAGGACUUGGGGAUGCUCUCCCUGCCCAGGGAGAAAGCCACCCGCGUGGACCCGGCCCCCGCCAGGCCCCAGCACAGCCUGCGCCUCCCCAGUGACUUCAGGGACAUGGAGAAGGAGCAGCCAGCAGCCCUGGCCGCCCAGCCAGCCCCAGCACAGCCAGACGCUGCCCUGAAGAGAUUGGCCUCCAUCCUGGCCAGCUACGGCCUGGCACUGCCGGAGCUGAGCGCCCAGCAGCUGGGCAGCCUCUUGGCUCUCUUGCAGCUCCUGCAGGGCCCAGGAGCCGCUGGCCCUGAGGUGCCCUCAGCCAAGCGGGCCCUGUGCACCUACCAAGCCGAGCCCAACGCCUGCGCUGUCGCCCACAGCGAAGCCAACCUCAAGAAGAACCGCAACCCCGACUACGUGCCCUAUGACCACAUGCGGAUCAAGCUGAAAGCCGAGAGCAACCCGUCCCGCAGCGACUUCAUCAACGCCAGCCCUAUCAUCGAGCAUGACCCACGGAUGCCAGCUUACAUCGCCACGCAGGGGCCACUGUCCCACACAAUCGCUGACUUCUGGCAGAUGGUGUGGGAGCACGGCUGCACCGUCAUCGUCAUGCUGAGCCCGCUGGCCGAGGACAGUGUCAAGCAGUGCGACCGCUACUGGCCGGACGAGGGGUCCUCCUUGUACCACAUCUACGAGGUGAACCUGGUCUCGGAGCACAUCUGGUGUGAGGACUUCCUGGUGCGCAGCUUCUACCUGAAGAACGUGCAGUCGCAGGAGACCCGCACGCUCACGCAGUUCCACUUCCUCAGCUGGCCGGCUGAGGGCAUCCCGGCCACCACGCGGCCACUCCUCGCCCUCCGCACGAAGGUGAACAAGUGCUACCGUGGGCGCUCCUGCCCCAUCAUCGUGCACUGCAGUGACGGCGCAGGCAGGACCGGGACCUACAUCCUCGUUGACAUGGUCCUCAACCGCAUGGCCAAAGGUGUGAAGGAGAUUGACAUAGCUGCUACGCUGGAGCACAUCCGCGACCAACGGCCCGGCAUGGUGCAGACCAAGGACCAGUUUGAGUUUGCGCUGACCGCCGUGGCCGAGGAGGUGAACGCCAUCCUGAAGGCGCUGCCCCAGUGAUGGCGAGGACCCCCGACCCCCGUCCCUGUCCUUUCGUCU